AUGUCGUGGUCAGGAUUCAAGAAAAAUGUCAACCGCGCUACGACGCAGGUCAUGAUGAAGACUGGCCAUGUCGAGAAAACGAAUGAUCGCGAUUAUGAGAUUGAAGAGAGACGGUAUCGAACAAUGGAGACGGCGGUCAAUCGCUUGCAGAAGGAGGCGAAGGGGUAUCUUGAUUCAUUACGAGCAAUGACUGCAUCACAAAUGCGAAUCGCGGAGACGAUCGACGCUUUCUACGGAGAUGCCGGAACAAGAGACGGCGUGAGCCGAAGUUACAAACAGGCUGUCGAGGAUCUGGAUGCGGAGACCAUCAAAGCUUUGGACGGACCGUAUCGAACAACCGUCCUCGAACCCAUCUCCCGCUUCUGCGCCUACUUCCCCGACAUCAACGAAUGCAUCAAGAAACGCAACAACAAACUCCUCGACUACGACUCGAUGCGCGCCAAAGUCAAGAAACUCGUCGAAAAACCAGACAAGGACGCCACAAAACUGCCCCGCGCCGAACGCGAAACGGAGAUGGCUAAACAGGCAUACGAACAACUCAAUGAACAAUUAUUUACCGAGCUGCCACAGUUAAUCGACUUGCGUGUGCCGUAUCUGGAUCCCAGUUUUGAGGCCCUGGUCAAGAUUCAACUUAGGUUUUGCGCGGAGGCGUAUUCACGUAUGGCGCAGGUGCAGCAGUAUCUUGACGCGGAUACGAGGGAUCAAUAUGCAAAUGGCGAUUUGGACAAUCGGGUUGAGCAGGUGUUGCAGGAGAUUCGGGAUCUGAGUAUUGCAGGUACUGUUUAA